UGAAUCACGCACGAGCCACGUGAGAAGGCUGUGACGUCAUUCUCUGAGCGACAGAGUCAUCUGGUUUUUAGCAGACCGUAGAGCAAAUGUGAUAUUUUCAACAUCGAAAAUGGUGAAAUCGGGGAAACUUCGGUCUGGGACAGGUUCAAAACUCAAACGAUGGAAGAAAGGACACAGCAGUGACUCGAACCCGCAGGCGAGCAGGUUUAGACAAGCAGCAAAAAGUCGCUUCUUCAGCCGCCCCAGUGGGAAGAGUGAUCUGACUGUUGAUGCUCUGAAGCUGCACAAUGAGCUGCAGACAGGUCCGCUGGAGGUCAAGGAGCGUAAAGAUGCCUGCAGUAUGGAGGAGGAGCCCGAGGAGGCGCUGUCAGACCGGACCUCUGGCACCUUCCUCAGUGGUUUGUCUGACUGCUCAAACCUCACCUUCAGGAAAGUACAGCGCUACUGGGAAUCCAACUCUGCUGCCCACAAAGAGAUUUGUGCGGUAUUGGCUGCUGUUACAGAGGUGAUUCGUUCUCAGGGCGGUAAAGAGACAGAAACAGAGUAUUUUGCUGCUUUGAUGACUACUUUAGAAGUUGUUGAUACAGGAGAGUCACAAGCGGCGGUUGCGUAUCUCCUUAACCUUGUCAUGAAAAGAGUUCCUACUCCUGUUCUUAUUUCCAAGUUCUCAGACACUAGCAAAGCUCUGAUGGAUGUCAUGUCUAAACAGGCCACAAGUGACUCUGUGUCAGCACUUCGAUGGAUUCUGUCAUGCCUAGCCACCCUGUUGAGGAAGCAGGAGGCUUCUGUAUGGACGUACCCAUCCACUCUCCAGAUUUACCAUGGGCUACUUAGUUUUACUGUACACAGCAAGCCAAAGGUGCGUAAGGCAGCACAGCAGGGUGUUUGCUCAAUCCUCAGAGGUAGUGAUUUUCUGUUUAAAGAUGAUGCACCUACUCAUCAUCCUGUUGCCAUGACUACAGCAAAAUUCUGCAUCAAAGAAAUGGAGAAAGCUGGAGGAAGCAAAGAAGACACCACUACACUUCAUGUACUAGGGCUUUUGAAAGAAUUGAUGGGAACAUUUCCUCUUGGGGCAGUCAAAUCCUGUUGUGAGACCCUGCUGCGAGUGAUGACACUGAGCCAUGUGUUGGUAACUGCGAGUGCCAUGCAAGCCUUUCAUAAACUAUUUAGCAGCAAACCAAAACCUUCUACCAUGUCCCCAGAACUGAAUGCACAGAUUAUCACAGCUCUUUAUGAUUACUUGCCCAGUGAGAAUGAUCUGCAGCCACUGCUGGCCUGGUUAACAGUUAUGGAAAAAGCCCAUGUUCACCUAGCAAGUUUGCAGAGUUCAUUAAGUUUAGGACAUCUCCCUCGACUCUUUUCUGCUGCCAUUUCUUGCCUGUUGUCCCCUCAUACACAAGUGGUUUCUGCAGCCACUAACACACUCAAGACCCUGCUGACUGAGUGUGUUGCUCCUCACAUGGAAGAAAUGAGCUUGAUCACAACUACAGCUUCAGCAGGAAACUCCUCAUACAUCUGCAAAAUGUUCAAAAUAGCAGAAGAGGGUCUCUCGUACCGCUUCCAUGCCUCCUGGCCCUUUGUUCUCCAGGUACUGGGCUGUUUCUACAAAGUUGCUGGAAAAAAGGCCCACCCCAUCAUGACCAAGUCACUUCAGUCACUGGCAGAUUUGCGCUCCACUCCUCACUUUUCUUUCACUGGAGAGUUGGAUUUGGCUGUGGGAGCUGCUGUUGAAGCAAUGGGCCCUCAAGUUGUGCUGGGAACUGUACCACUGAACAUCACUGGCCAUGAUGAUGAUUUGGAGUUUCCACGUAGCUGGUUGAUUCCUGUUAUUCGUGAUCAUGUGAGGAACACCCAACUAGGAUUCUUUAAUUCAUAUUUUCUUCCUCUGGCAUCAACACUCAAAAAGAGAGCUGAGGAGUUGGAACAAGCGGGACAGAAACUUGAGGCUAAAGUUUACCAAACACUGCAGCUUCAGAUUUGGACCAUGCUUCCUGGUUUCUGCACUGGUUGUGUUGACCUUUUAGCAUCAUUUAAAGGCAUUGCCCGCACACUUGGCACAGCUAUUAAUGAGCAACCAGACCUGAGACUGACUGUGUGCCAGGCCUUACGCACAAUUAUCAACAAGAGCUGCACAACAGAUGAGGAAAAAGCAGAAGUGGGAAAGUUCGCCAAAAACUUUCUUCCAAUUCUUUUUAAUGUGUACAGUCAGCAGCCGCCUGCGGGGGAGUCUGGCACCUAUAGAAUGGCUGUGCUCGAUACAAUCAAAGUGUAUUUAACUGUAACAGAAAAACAGAUGAUUUGUACAUUCUUGGCCAAAGCCACAGAGAGAUUAAGUAGCGCAGACAACACAGAGUUCACUCGCCUUGCGAUGAUGGACCUAGUUGUUGCCAUGAUACCCUUAGUAGAUGAGGUCACAAUGACAAAAACAUUUGAAUUUAUGAAGCCAUUUUUAGAGGUCAAGGAGCCAGGGAUGCAGAAGAAGGCUUAUCGUGUACUAGAGGAGCUGUGUGGAGGAGAGAGUGAAGAGUGUAAAUCAUUUGUAAUUAAAAGUCUAGAAACACUUAAAGUCAGCUUGCUUGAGACUUUGAAAAACGCAUCUUCACCAGCGAAACGGCCAAGACUGAAGUGCCUACUUCACAUUGUAAAAAGACUUGGAGAAGAGCACAAAGACUUUAUCGCUGCUCUGUUGCCGGAGGUUAUUAUCUGUACAAAAGAGGUGUCUGUUGGAGCCCGUAAAAAUGCCUAUAACCUUCUGGUGGAGAUAGGAAAUGCAUUUAUGCGUUUCUGUAGUGACCCAAAAGAUGCCAUGGACCAGUACUUGGUGUUGGUCUAUGCCGGACUCACUGGCUCAGUCACUAUGAUCACUUGUACAGUUUUAGCAUUGACGCGACUGGUGUUCGAGUACAAAGACUCCAUAGAGGUUUGUACUAUGGAGCAGCUUCUACACAACAUCUGUCUGCUGCUGACUUCCCGAACGAGAGAGAUUGUUAAAGCCGCACUUGGGUUCAUAAAAGUCAUUCUCUUCGUCAUGGAUCCCAAAACUCUGGCCUCCCACGUUACUGUCAUGAUGGAGGGCAUUGGGAACAUUAAAGAUGAUGUAAGGAGGCACUUUAGGACCAAACUAAAGAACAUUUUUACCAGAUUCAUUAGAAAGUUUGGAUUUGAUUUAGUAAAGAGCAUGCUGCCUGCAGAGCACCACAAAGUUCUCGCUAAUAUCCGAAAAGCCGAGGCUCGCAAUAAACGGAAAAAGCAGGCAGCAGAAGAACUGGACGAGUCUGACGAGGAAGAAGAAACGCCUAAAAACAAGGGUGAAAGUAUUGAGGACAUCCUGGCAGAAUCUGACAGUGACAUGUCGGAGGAUGAAGCGAAACCUAAAAAAGCACAGAAAAAAGCAGGCAAACCCAAAGCUAAAGCCUGGCUCAAAGAAGGAGAGGAAGAUGAUCCACUUAACUUCCUGGAUCCGAAGGUUUCCCAGAGAGUCCUAGCCACGAAUCCGGAGCUGAAGAAGAGCACAAAGAAAGAACAUGGCUUCAAGGUGACAUCAGAUGGACGUCUCAUCAUCAGAGAAGAAGAGGAGGACAAUGUUAAAGAAAAAGAUGGAGAAAUGGAUGAUAUUCUUGAAGAGGCAGGCGUUAAAAGUAAAAAGGCACAGAAAAGACGGUUUAAAGAUGACGACUUUGAUGAGGAAAUGGACAUUGAGCCAGAGUUAAAAUAUAAAGCUGGAGGUUCUGGUAUCCACAGACCAUUAUCUAAAGACACUGGUUUGGAGUACAAGUCAAAGAAAGGUAAAGGAGACAUAAAACAGAAAGGAAAGCUUGAUCCCUAUGCGUAUAUCCCACUGAAAAAGGCCCAGCUCAAUCGCAGAAAGCGUGCGAAGCUUCAAGGCCAAUUUAAGGGUAUGGUGCGAGGAGCCCAGAAGGGGGCACUAUCAGGAAAGAAAAUGCAGAAGAAAAAGCGGAAAGCCUGAGGAGUUUAUUGUGGACUUCCAGAAUGUGGGUUUGCCAUAUUCUGAAAAGACUUAUUUUAAUGUAUUUAGUGUAAAAGCAAAUACCUGAAGAUGAGCUUGGGAUAUUCAGUGACAGAAGAAACUGCCCUUUUCAAAAAAAAAGAAAAAGAAAAGAAAAACAUGUCCACCAAAUGUCCCCUUUUGACAUUUCUUAUCCAAGAAAUUUGUCAAUGUAAUUUAGUGAAAAUAACUGAAGGUAAUAUUCUACCUGAGAUUAUUCUGGUUCUAGCCAGAAAUGUGUAUUGAUUUACAUGAACAAAUUAAAUUUUGCCCUAUUAUCUC